AUGGCAAGACAGGCGCGCACACGCUUCCGUGCUACGAGGCACUUGAGCCGCCGCCAGGCUGGCCCGUCUGGGACUCCGCGGGCCCCGCGCCCGCCGCCAGAGCUCCCGGAGGCAGCGGCCCUGGAGGCCGCUGCAGAGCCGGAGCCCGAGCCUGGGCCUGGGCCUGGGCCUGGGCCCGGGCCCGGGGCCGGGGCCGGGCCCGAGCCGGAGCCCGAGCCCGAGCCCGAGCCGGAGCCGGAGCCGGAUGCUUCCGAGAAGCCGGCGGAGGCCACUGCUGGGUCUGGUGGGGUAAAUGGUGGCGAAGAGCAGAGCACCGGCAAGGGGGAGGAAGACGAGCCCGAGGAGCGGAGCGGUGACGAGACGCCAGGAUCCGAGGCGCCGGGUGACAAGGCCGCGGAGGAACAGGGAGAUGACCAAGAUAGUGAAAAGUCAAAACCAGCAGGCUCAGAUGGUGAGCGGCGGGGGGUAAAGAGACAGCGGGAUGAGAAGGAUGAACAUGGCCGAGCUUACUAUGAAUUCCGAGAGGAGGCUUACCACAGCCGCUCCAAGUCCCCACCACCCCCUGAAGAAGAGACAAAAGAUGAGGAGGAGGAUCAAACUCUUGUGAACCUGGACACAUAUACCUCGGAUUUGCAUUUUCAAGUGAGCAAAGAUCGCUAUGGAGGGCAGCCACUUUUUUCAGAGAAAUUUCCCACCCUUUGGUCUGGAGCAAGGAGUACUUACGGAGUGACAAAGGGAAAAGUCUGCUUUGAGGCCAAGUCCCUCCCAAGACCAUAGAGGAAUGUGAGGUGAUUCUGAUGGUGGGACUGCCUGGAUCUGGAAAGACCCAAUGGGCACUGAAAUAUGCAAAAGAAAACCCUGAGAAAAGAUACAAUGUUCUGGGAGCUGAGACUGUGCUCAAUCAAAUGAGGAUGAAGGGGCUCGAGGAGCCAGAGAUGGACCCCAAAAGCCGAGACCUUUUAGUUCAGCAAGCCUCCCAGUGCCUUAGUAAGCUGGUCCAGAUUGCUUCCAGGACAAAGAGGAACUUCAUUCUUGAUCAGUGUAAUGUGUACAACUCUGGCCAACGGCGAAAGCUAUUGCUGUUUAAGACCUUCUCUCGGAAAGUGGUGGUGGUUGUCCCUAAUGAGGAAGAUUGGAAGAAGAGGCUGGAGUUGAGGAAGGAAGUAGAGGGAGAUGAUGUGCCUGAGUCUAUAAUGCUGGAGAUGAAAGCCAACUUCUCUCUGCCUGAAAAAUGUGACUACAUGGAUGAGGUGACAUACGGGGAGCUGGAGAAGGAGGAAGCUCAGCCCAUUGUCACUAAGUACAAAGAGGAGGCUAGGAAGCUGCUUCCCCCCUCCGAGAAGCGGACAAACCGUCGAAACAACCGAAACAAGCGUAACCGGCAGAACCGAAGCCGAGGCCAAGGCUAUGUGGGCGGGCAGCGCCGAGGCUACGACAACCGGGCCUACGGGCAGCAGUACUGGGGGCAGUCUGGAAACAGAGGGGGUUACCGUAAUUUCUAUGAUCGAUACAGGGGAGACUAUGAUCGAUUCUACGGGCGAGAUUAUGAGUACAACAGAUACAGAGACUAUUACAGACAAUACAAUCGGGACUGGCAGAAUUACUACUACCACCACCCCCAGGACAGAGACCGAUACUACAGGAACUACUACGGUUACCAAGGGUAUCGGUGAAGCCCCUGCCAUUGUCGCCUGUCAGCCAUGAAGCUGAAUCUCUGGGGGUGCCAGGCACCCCCCAAAACACAACCAAGGAAAACAGGGGCUGUCGGGGUGGGGCUGAGCUGCCAGGGAGGGGUGGUUGGGGGGGAGGGUG